AUGCUGUUAGCCAAUACUGUUCUCCUCUCCGGAUUGCUAGUGGCCGUAGCCUCUGCGCCAGUAGGACUAUCACCAUGGGAGAACGGGACAUAUGUGCUCUCUUCCUCUAGCAACACCCUCAGCCUUACCAUCUCACCUAAGCGGUCCGACUACGUUCCUCCAGAAGAAAGCAGCGAUGAUAGCAUGCUCGAUGUAGAAAGUAGUGAGGAUGAGGUGGAAAAGGACAUGGUGAUCACUGAAGCCAUCGAGCAGGAUCUAGUCAGGAAGGGUACCAAUCUCCUGCGAUGGAUCUCACAGUCUGCCACACAGGCGACGCAGGACAUGCAACAACAGAACAACCAGGUGACCUCUUCUCAGAGCCAGUUCUCACACUACGCAGACCUUCGUGCCAAUGGCUGGGUCGUCGUCGACAUUUCGAAUAAUGACCGCUUCAACUGGGCGCAAGAUCUCUCCAUUGAGCAAGAGGUCGCCUCCUUGGGUUUCGACACGACAUACGAGGUUCUAUUGUCAACGAACAAGGAGAUCCGUAAUGGCCCUGGCAAAGGGUUUUAUGGCCUCGAACGAGCAGCUCCAGGUCCUGCGGCAAAUUUGGUGGUUCAACGGGAGAAUUAUCUCGGGUCUGGCCCAGCCGAUGAUCGACAUGAGGUGUACAGCCCCAGAAACGGCGCGAUCCUCGGCGUCAGCAACGACUCCCCUCAAGCUUUAAUCAAGCAGAACAAAGCUCAAGGCGCCGCUAGACCUCCAGCCCUGAAUCACUGGUCUGAUGUGGCUUUCCUAGAGUACUCACAUCUCUGCGAGCAGCAAGGCCAUCCGGUCCAGAACCUCCGCUACAUGUUCCGGUUCAGGAUCACAAAUAUCUACACCAGACCCCUAAUCUUCAAGAUCCUGGACAGUCAGACUCCACGCCGCAAGGCGAAAGAUCUUACCUGGCAGCAUCGACUCGUCUUCGAUAUGACGAGGGUCCGGAGUGUAACGGUGUUCUUUGAUCGGGAGACUUUGAAGGAAGAGGAUUCGGCGUACCAGCAUCCCACUCUGCCUUUCGAGUUCGAGGAUGUGGUGAGGAGCGAUAGGCAGGUUUCAAAGUGGUAUGUUGAUGCGAAAGGGAAGGUGCAGAAGCCGCCAAAGAAGGAUCCGGGUGGUGCGGGUGGCUCGAGGCAAAGUGCUAGGCUGAAGGGGCAGCAAGCUGGUCAGUGA